AUUCUUUGAUUUGAUUCCAUGUUCCAAAAGAAACCUGCCAAGAAGUUUAAUUUCGGACUACCGUCCAAUCGCAAAUCAGUGUUUGGUUCGCAGGAAACCGAAAAAUACCAGCCUCCCAGUUUGACGGACGACAGUAAACGUAAAUCAGCCAAUAACGACGAUGCCGAUCAGCCAACCGAACCCAAACGAAUGCGUGCGACCUUGGAAGCCGAUGAUGAGGAGGACUUUUUAGCGAGUGCAGGCAUUGGUACGAACAAGUGGAACAGGCAUGGCGAACUGUCGAAAGUUCGUGCAGGUGUCAUUUAUUUUGGUUUGUUUGUUGACUAGACAUCCCGUCGUCUGUCAAAGAAAGCGUUGCGCGACCGUCUAUGAGCCAAAAAGCCCAAGAUGAAGAAGAAGAAGAAGAAGAAGACGAUCCACUGGACGCAUUCAUGGCCGAUAUGAGUGCCCAGGCAAAAACAGAAAAACGAGAGCCAAAGAUUCGACGGGACGAUUUUGAAGAAGAAGAUCAUAUUGAAAGUUAUGUACGACACAUGAAAGAAAAGGGCGUGGCGAUCGGCAAAAGCGACGCUAGCAGCAUGGUGCGCGAUGAGAAUGCGGACUCGGACGAAGAAGUGUAUGCGACAGCUGCUGCUGUCGAUGCUCAGCUGAACUACGAUUCCGACGAAAACGCCAUGCCUGUGAAGAAGGAAAUCGAACCGUUGGCUCGCGUGGAUCAUAAUGCCAUCGACUAUCCCGAGAUUGAAAAGUGCUUUUACGAGGAACAUGCCGACAUUGCAGCAUUAACUCCCGAGCGUGUACAAGAACUUCGACGAGAAAUGGGAUUACGUGUUUCCGGCAUGGCGCCUGCCAAACCUUGUUUUUCUUUUGCUCAUUUCGGGUUUGACGAUCAUCUCAUGUCCGCUAUCAUUAAAGCAGGUUAUACGGAGCCCUCGUCCAUUCAAAAGCAAGCUAUCCCCGUUGCCAUGGAAGGAAGGGAUAUCAUUGGUAUCGCCAAAACAGGUUCCGGAAAAACGGCCGCCUUUGUUUUACCCAUGCUCGUGCAUAUAAUGGAUCAGGAAGAACUGAUGAAAGGCGACGGUCCCAUUGGCCUUAUUCUUGCUCCCACCAGGGAAUUGGCCGCACAAAUUUAUCAAGAAUCCAAGAAAUUUGCAAAGGCUUAUGGUUUAAAAGUGGCCGCUGUGUAUGGUGGAGCAUCAAAAAUGCAGCAGUUCAAGGACCUACGAAGUGGCACAGUUGAAAUCUUGGUUGCGACCCCUGGUCGUUUGAUCGAUAUGAUCAAAAUGAAGGCAACAAACUUGAGACGUGUGAGUUACCUGGUGCUGGAUGAAGCCGAUCGAAUGUUUGAUCUUGGCUUUGAACCUCAGGUGCGCUCUAUCUGUGACAAUGUUCGUCCUGACAGACAAACUUUGCUUUUCAGUGCCACGUUCCAGAAGCGCAUUGAGAGUCUUGCCCGUCAAGUAACCAGCGACUCUAUCCGCAUAAGCGUAGGCAAUGCAGGUCAAGCCAAUGAAGAUAUCACCCAAGUGGCUGUUGUGCUGGAAGACGAAAUGCUGAAAUGGGAUUGGCUGAUGAGGCGUUUAGCCGGCUUUUGUGUUGAGGGUAGCGUCAUUAUUUUUGUCUCGCGCAAAGAUGCAGUUUCUCUUUUAGCAGAGAAUGUAGGAAAAGCAGGCUUCGAAUGUGGCGCACUUCAUGGCGAUCUGAUGCAGUUUGAACGUGAAAAGGUGCUACGUGACUUUAAGGCGAAUAAGUUCAAUAUUCUUGUGGCCACGGAUGUCGCCGCUCGUGGUCUGGAUAUCAAAGCUGUAAAGACGGUGAUCAAUUACGAUGCGGCGCGUGACAUUGACUCUCAUGUUCACCGAGUGGGACGAACCGGUCGUGCAGGCGAAAAGGGUACUGCCUACAGUUUAGUGACGAAAAAAGAAGACAAAUUCGCUGGUGAUUUGGUACGCCAUCUGGAAAGUUCAGGGCAGGCCGUGCCUCCUGAACUGAUGACGCUGGCGAUGAGCAAUUCACGGUUUCGAUAUUCUCGUGAAAACGGUGGACGACGCGGCGGACGAGGUCGUGGUCGCGGUCAAGGAGGCAGAGGUCGUGGUCGCGGUGGUGCCGGUGAUCGACGAGGAAUUGGCAGUUCUUUCAUGACAGGUUCCAACAAUGAACCUUUGCCUCCUCGUUCAAACAUGGGAUACUCCCGGGCGCCUCCAGGCGGUCCGAUGAAUUUCCAAAAAGCAACAACGUCUGCAGCAGGCGCCGGAGGGCUUCACACGGUGAACAAUCCUUCGAGUCACGGUGACUAUAGAAGAUCGGAUGAUCGUGAUCGUUACCCUCGGUCCAGCCGAUGGCAGUAAGCCUUUCGCAGGAAAACCAGUUUAUCUAAUCAAAAAAUGGGUCAAAUUUUUCAUUUAUUCUCCUUCAAUCAUUUCAUAAAAUAUCGUUAUCACUCAUUGACCUCCAUGAUUUUUUUCUUUCAUGGAAGUUGAGUUUCUCAAUAGAAUCUUCGUUUUUACUUGCAACACACAGUAUCCAAAACAACACAUAUGAUUCAUGUAGAGUUUAGUCGCCUUCCUCCGAAAAAAAAAUUAGAAGCAUGAAUCGCGGCUGUUUUUCCAUAUUUUUCUCAUUUUUAUCGAAGAAAUGGAUAAAGGAAAAAAAGUACACUUUAUAAAGGAAGAGAUAGUUCUCCUCUCUUCAAUGAAACUGAAAAGAUGAGGUUCCUGGAAGACUGCUUUCGUAAGCGGAGCCAGAACAAAUGUGAAUACAAGAAUCUUUUUUUUUUUUUUUUUUUUUUUUUUUUUUUUUUU